CCGCUGAGAAGGCGGAGGAAACGGGGAGGAAAGCGUCCACCACGAAUUGGUCAAGAUUGUCAAGAGGCGAAUAGCUACUCAGCCUUGCCUCCCAAGUUUAACCAUUUUAGACAUCACAGCCCAUAUAGUCACAUCGAUAAGGCAUCGUCGCUCCAUAAGUCGUCCGUCUGAAAAGCAGAAGAUCACAUCGAGUGUACACCGUCCUUAAACCCCCCUGCCGUCGCCCCUAUUACGGUUAAACCAUUUGCCGGCAAACACCGAUUAUAAUAAUCAUUCGACACAUGCCCACAGAGUCCACCCAAUCAUGACCAAGAGCGAGACAGACAGCAUCAAGGCUGCCCCGACCAAGACGUGUGACAAUUGUCGGAAGCGCAAGAUAAAAUGCGUGGAAAGUGAAGUAGGCGAUAAAGAUGUUUGUGAAGGAUGUCGAAAGUUGGCUCUAGCGUGCACGUAUGAUUAUGUGAAGAAGAAGCCAGGGAGGAAGAACUCCUAUGCGAUCGCGUUGAAGGCUGCGCAGGAGCAUCGAUCCAUGGAGCCGCCGCAGCCCAACAAUGAGAGUCGACCCAAUUGGUCACGGUCGAACACGAAUGACACUGGACCUCAUCGAAACAUUCUCAACUCAUCUCACGUUCACCCCUUCACGCCUUAUCCGCCGCCAGACUCCGUCCGCAGUACGAAUCAUCAGCCACCCAUCUCACCUACAGUCACUACGAAUGAUCGCCUCAUGCCAAUGUUAUCCGCAGGGAUGGACACAUUCGAAGCGAGUCCAGGAUUCAUGACGCCUGGGAGACCAUGGUCAUCAUUUGCAUUCUCUCCGAGAAUCAGAAAUGGCUUACCAACCAACGGAGAUACACAUCACGACCCUCACGAGUUGAAUGGGCUGGACUGGUUGGAUAGUUUAUUGGAAGGCACAGUCGCGGGCUCACUCGGCACCUCAGCGCCGGGUGGCCCAGAGAUCGAUUUCAGCAACGACGUGUCAUUAUCCUUUCCCAACAUUUUCCCUUCAGAUCAAGCUCAUCUGCUUGCUCUCGAAUCUCCUGAGAACCUGGCCGCGUCCACGUCUUCCAGUGGCCAGUUGAUGGGGCCGAGGGCCCUCCUGGCAUCAAGGAGAGAACCACAAUUGGAGGACGUUGCGAGUUGGGCAAACAUAUCCCACUUCAUCUCAUUGUUCCUGCAAUACCUUUACCCACUGCUACCUUUGGUUCAUCGACCGACCUUUGCAGAGAAUCUCGCAACGAGAAGAGAUCUCAAGGAUACGGAUUUCAGAGCGUUGCUGCUGAGUAUAGUGGCCUAUGUGAUCUCGCAGCUGCCUACGAGCCGUCUUGUCAGCGAGACCUUUGACAUUGAGGGGUUGAAACGGCUACAACGGCGGUGCCAUCGGACAUGCAAGUCGCUUCAGAGGACGUAUUACGGGCCGACCAACCUGACGCAAAUCACUACCAUCAUAUUCGACACGUUCUAUCUCCUCUCUAUCGGACUUGGGCACACGGCCGGAUCACGGCUUGGUCAAGCUGUCCAGCUCGCCUUUGCUAUGGGUAUGCACAGUGACGAAAAGACGAAUACACUCGGUCUCGAUUCAAUCGAAAUACAACUCCGCCGGCGAGUGUUUUGGCAGCUCUACGCGAGUGACAAGACUCGGGCCACCCCGGGAAUGCCGAUGCUCAUCAACGACUUCCAAGGCACAUGUUCGCUGCCCGAACCUAUCGAUGACGAAUUCAUCACAUCUCAAGGGAUGUUCCCUCAGCCUCCGGGUAGAACGUCUGUACUGGCGGGAUUUGUCUGCCUUUCCAAGAUCUUCAAAAUCCUCUCAGAAUGCUUCUUCCACCAUCGUUGUCUGGCAACUGGACUCAGGACCGUCGGGAUGGAAUGGAGCAUUGAAGCGGAAGAUAAAUUGCACGAGACGUUGCGCGAGAUGCCCGCGGCAAUUCAAGAUCCAAGCGUCAGCACUGUCACGUCGAUGCGCGGGGUAUUUGCCAUGCAGCGAGCAAAUAUCCUGAUCACUGCGGCGAUCACCAAGUUUGCACUGUAUGAUCUCCGAGCAGCAUUGCACGUGGACGAAGAGCAAUUGGCAAAGGAUCGCGAAGGCAUAGCGAGAGAGAUUCAUUCGUUGUUGAUGAAUAUCCCGGUAGAGGACCUCGCGUCGAACGGCGAGUCUGUGCGGGGUAAAGUGUUCCAUAUCGCAUGUGCUUUGUGUGCUGCGCAAGGUACAGACAAUCAGUCAAGUCAGGAUCUCAUCAAAGACUGGUGUAACAUGUUCUCCGCUAUCAGUUAUGUUCAGAUGCCACCGCCGCCUCCUGGCGCCCCGGCGCUCGACAGUCGAGCCAAUACCCCGCCCCACGACGACCCUCCGGAGAAUAUCGGUUCAGUUCAGACUGACAAGGGGAUAGCAUCAGUAGGGUCAACGACACAUGUACCAGGAUCAACAUAAUGU